CUAGGGCUUAUAAAUACAAAGACGCAUAGGGUUUCACAACUUCAUCACCUUAACACAAUUUGUUCGCUCUCUAAAUUCUUAAAUCUUUCAUCAAAUUUGCUUCACAGUGAAAAACCUCCUCCACAAGGAACACACAAUGUCUUCGAAGAUGAUCGUGUUGAUGAGCUCCGAUGGUCAGUCGUUUGAGGUGGAAGAAGCGGUAGCAAUCCAAUCGCAGACCAUAGCGCAUAUGGUUGAAGACGAUUGCGUUGCUGAUGGAAUCCCUCUUGCAAACGUGGAAAGCAAGAUUCUUGUGAAAGUGAUCGAGUACUGCAAGAAAUACCACGUCGACGAGGCUAAUCCUAUCUCUGAAGAGGAUCUCAACAAGUGGGACGAGAAGUUCAUGGAUCUCGAACAAUCCACCAUCUUUGAACUCAUCCUUGCUGCGAAUUACCUCAACAUAAAAAGCUUGUUUGAUCUCACAUGCCAAACUGUUGCGGACAUGAUCAAAGGCAAGACUCCAGAGGAGAUUCGUUCAACUUUCAACAUUGAGAAUGAUUUUACACCUGAGGAAGAAGAAGCUGUUCGUAAGGAGAAUCAAUGGGCUUUUGAAUGAGCCCAUGAAUCAAA